UGAAUAUGUGUGGAAAAUUUUCAGCUUCAUAAUCAAAAUUCAAGAGACUUUUAAAAUGAAACUCUUUCAAGAACUCAUAUCCCUUGUUGUUAAAAAGCCUGCAGAAAUAGACAAAACAUGACAACAGACUCCCUAAUAAAUAUUCUCCUUUUAUUGUAUCAUACACUAUUAAGUACUAGCUACUUCUUCCCUAUAGCCCCAUCUUCCCAACCACAUGAUGAACGGGCUACAUCACUUCUCAGAAAAUUCUUCUUCUAAUUUAUCCAUGAAGCAGCCAAUUAUAUUAGAAAAUACUAACAAUAACAAAUCAGGUGUAAGACCAUAUGUUCGAUCGAAAAUGCCUAGACUCCGAUGGACACAUGAUCUUCAUCGCAGCUUUGUGCAUGCUGUUGAGCGUCUUGGUGGAGAAGAUCGAGCAACACCAAAGAUGGUGCUACAGUUGAUGGAUGUGAAGGGCCUCACCAUAUCUCACGUUAAGAGUCACCUUCAGAUGUACAGAAGUAUGAAACAUGAACAGUUGAUGCAAGCAGUAGCAGAGGCUGCAAAUGGGAGCAAGAGGAAUAGAAUGGAUGGUCCAGAUCAAGUGAUGUAUCCCCAUGGAAGCUUUCUUCAUCAUUACUAUAAUGACGAUCCUAAUUCGACAAUAACUAGUAACUAUUCGGACCAAAUUGCCUCCACGCCUCCUUUUUUCCCUCCAGCUCCAUGCUAG